UGGACUGAACUAGCUGUCGGAGAUGAACAGUAUUAUCCAGUGUACAUUGGACCUCAAGAUGGGUUGAGGGAAGCUGACAAGAUUGAUGCUCUGCCGGGGCAGCCUGAAGGAGUGGACUUUGAUCAGUAUGCAGGAUAUGUAACCGUGGAUCCAAAAGCUGGAAGAGAAUUGUUCUAUUACUUUGUGGAGUCACCUCAGAAAUCUUCCUGCAAACCUCUAGUCCUAUGGCUCAAUGGAGGACCAGGAUGUUCAUCACUUGGCUAUGGAGCCAUGCAAGAACUGGGACCUUUCAGAGUCAACAGUGAUGGAGAGACACUCUCCAGAAAUAACUAUGCAUGGAACAAUGUGGCAAAUGUGCUAUUCCUUGAAUCCCCUGCCGGAGUCAGAUUUUCAUAUUCGAAUACAUCCUCCAACUAUGACAACGCUAGCGACAAGAGCACUGCUGAAGACUCUUACACAUUUCUUUUAAAUUGGCUUGAAAGGUUCCCCCAAUACAAAACCCAAGAUUUCUACCUAACUGGAGAGAGCUAUGCUGGUCACUUUGUGCCUCAGCUUGCUUAUACCAUCCUGUCAAAGAACAAGAACACAAACCAAACAAAAAUUAAUCUAAAGGGCAUUGCUGUUGGGAAUGCUUUAAUAGAUGAUAACAUCAACAUCAAGGGGAGGUUUGACUUUCUCUGGACACAUGCUUUGAGCUCUGAUGAAGCCAACGCAGGAAUAAACAAGUACUGUGAUCUUCUCACAGGGAACACUUCAAAAACUUGUUACAAAUAUCUAGAUCAGGCAUCUCAUGAGAUUGGAAACAUUGAUAUUUACAACAUCUAUGCCCCACUUUGCCAUUCAACAGAAACAAAGACAGCUUCCACUUGUUCUGUCAAAAGUUUUGAUCCCUGCACGGACAACUAUGUCAACUCCUACAUGAAUUUAGCUGAGGUGCAGAAAGCUUUUCAUGCCAGGAAUACAUCAUGGUCAUCUUGCAGUGGCAUUGGAUGGGCAGACAGCCCUACAACCAUUCUACCCACAAUCAAGCAGCUUAUAGAUUAUGGCAUUAGCAUAUGGAUGUACAGUGGUGACAUUGAUGGCAUGGUUCCAAUAACCUCCUCUAGGUAUGCGAUAAACACCUUGAAGCUUCCUGUGAAGACGGCUUGGCGUCCGUGGUAUUAUAACAAAGAGGUUGGCGGGUACGUGGUUGAAUAUAAGGGAUUGAUCCUAACCACAGUAAGAGGCGCCGGGCAUGAAGUUCCAAGCUACCAACCAGAGCGAUCACUGACCAUGAUCUCAUCUUUCCUUCAGGGAAAGCUUCCUCCAUCUUCAUGAACCAGCAACAUUAUUAAAUUUUCUUAAACUGAUUCAGCAGGUUAAUACAUUUCUCGAUGUAAUCCCCUAUGAAGUCCUAAGAAAGAUGAAAUUAUAUAAAUGAA